AUGAACGGAUGGAAAAGAGAAUCGUCAGACUGCCCACCCAAUUCACCACCACGAUCGCCGACUUAUAAGCGGGUGUGCAGAGAGGUGGCUUACGAUGAGGAGGAGGAUGAUGAUAAAAUGAUCGAUAGUGAUGCCGAUACGUUGAUUAUCGACACCGAGCCAUGUAUUGACAACAGUGCUGGUGAUGAUGAUCGCGAGUUUGAACAAAAUUUGGCUGGAGAGCAUCAUCAUCUAGAAUCAUUACCAUCACCGACUGAUGUGGAGGAUGAGGAGGAGGAGGAUGAGGGGGAGGGGGAGAAGGAGGAAGCGGAGGUGGAGGGUGUAUGGAAUGACGACGAUGUUGAUGACGAGCGGGUGGAGUUUGCUAAUGAUUUUGACGGUUGCGAAGAUGUACGCCUCAGAUUCGGAUUGCUUCUUGAUGAGAUUGAUCAAAUCCAUCAACUGCUGGGAGACAUCGAUAAAGCUGACGAUGAUGGUUAUUAUUCGGACGAGGAUUGUGAUGAUGAUGAUGGUGAUGAGCGGGCAAUCGUUGAUUGGGGUGAGGAUGAAGAGGCUGAAGAAGAGAUAAUUAUAGACUUUUCCGAAGCAACACCCGAGUUCUCGUUGGAGGAGCUUCGAGAACUCGUUGAGGACGCGUGA